UUUUUUUUUUUUGGUGCUGUGGUGCAGCAACCGAGACUCGAGCUCUCAAUCGGUGCAUGUGGUCCAAAACGCGGGGCUCUUUGUCCGACGAGCUAAGCUGAGCUCAAGAACGGCUUGUCCAUUUACUGCGCCAAGAUAUCCAGCCCACCCACACAGCAAACCCAACCGACGCCCCAUCCAGCCCCACGACCUGUACCCCAAGGUUACAGUUCAGCCGAGCUCCUUCUUCCCGACCUACGCGACGUGCCACUCUCUCCAUGCUUUUGAGCAGCCCUCCCUCCAUCCACCCAACGACCUUGCCGCAACCAGACGACCCCAAAAAAUAAAUAAGGACAGGCAAACCCACUUGGACGAAAGACAAUGGCAGACGUCGAAAUGGUCGAGGCCGACGCGGCGGCGGUCGUUGCCGACAUGGGCAGCCCGACGACCGGCGGCGAGGGCGGUGGCGGCGGCGGCGGCGGCGGCUCGUCGCAGGCCAAGGUGGCGGACAUGCAGACGCACGCAAAGGCGACGGCGGUGCGGUCCAUCGAGGGCUGGAUCGUCAUGGCGACAAACGUGCACGAGGAAGCGGACGAGGAGGCCAUCCAGGACAAGUUUGGCGACUACGGCGAGAUUAAGAACCUGCACCUCAACCUGGACCGGCGGAGCGGAUACGUCAAGGGCUAUGCGCUGAUCGAGUACGCGACGCUCCAAGAGGCGCGCGCCGCCAUCGACGGCGCACAUGAGACCAAGCUGCUGGACCAGACCGUCUACGCACUCGAACCCAUCGGCUAUACUGGGAGCGGGUCAAGGCUCUUGCAGCUACCAAGCAGCCGCAACGGCUCUCGCGAGCUUGGGACUGAUGGGCGUCGUCGUCUCGCUCAAGGCUUCCGGAGCUGGGAUUUCGGCGCCCAAAUGUCUUCUUUCUUCCCAUAG